UUUAAUUGCAGGCGCAGCUGGGGAAGGCUGAGGAGUUCUUCUUCGCGCCUUUUUUUCUUUCCUCCCCCCUCCCCCGCCCGUCGCGCUCCUUCCCCUCAGCCCACCAGGGGCGGCCACCUUAGGAGAAGCGAAAAGUCCCCUCAGGAGUCUUGCCUCUCCCUUGAGUGGGGCGUGUGGGGAGAGAGAGGCAGCACAUUUUGGGGGCAGAGAUGUCAGGGGUCGUGGUAAAUGGAACUCAAGUAUCUUAUAUCGGUCAAGAUUGCAAAGAAAUCCCAGCAUUCCUAGGAAGAAACUAUGGACGCAUUGCAAAAAGACUGGAUCUUAGCUUCAACUUGUUAAGGUCACUGGAAGGACUGGAGACAUUUAGCGGCUUGGAAGAGCUGAUCUUGGACAACAAUCUCCUCCGGAAUGACCUCCGGUUACCCAGGUUACCACACCUCCAUACCCUGAUGCUGAACAAGAACCAAAUAUCAGAACUGGAAAGCCUGCUGGAUCAUCUGGUUGAAGUAGUGCCUUCCUUGGAGUACCUGAGUUUGCUUGGAAAUACAGCAUGUCCAAAUGAACUGGUCUGCAAAGACAAGGAUGAGGGAGACUAUCAGAGGUACAGGUAUUUUGUUUUGCACAAAUUAACCAACUUGAAGUUUCUGGAUUCUCGGAAAGUUGGCAGAAGUGAACGUGAGGAAGCCAUUUUGAGGGGUGCUUUUAUGAAAGUGGUGAAGCCUGUGGAUACAAAGGCAACAACUGAUGCUGCCUCCAUUUCUCCUCAGAUGAGCUAUACGCCUCUGCCAACUGGAUCAAGGGACCUCACCAACCACAGAGGUGUCCUAGGGAAAUGCCGCUAUGUCUACUACGGGAAGCAAUCUGAAGGCAACCGGUUCAUCCGUGACGACCAGCUCUGAGGCGAACUCCGCAUCAGCAAAACCAUCCACGUUAGCCACACACAUCACACACACAUACACACACAAAAGCACAAACUUCAUCCACAUCUUUAAAAGGGGUUAAAAAAAAAAAGCUUGUGUAAACCAAAGUCCUCCAGUACCUUCUGCUGACUUUGCCAGACCUGUCAAAAUCAUCCUUCUGCUUUAGCUUGAGUAGUCACAUAGAGAUUGACAUGAUUGCCUCUAAGCUGGUCCCAUCCACCAGUGUGACAGACAGCUGCAGCGAAGCACCAGGCCUGACAGGAAGAACACCAUGAUGGAUUGCCUGGCCCAAUUGCUGCUUGCAGAAGAGCAAAGGUCACACCUGGGGCCUCACUGAGCAUGCUCAGCUGCUUUUAACAAAACCAGCCCUGUUUUAUCUACAGCUUGCCUGUUGAGUAAGAAAGCUCUGUGUGUGACUGUGCGUGUGUGUGAGAGAGAGAGUGCGCGUGCACACACACACACAUACACAUAAACCACAACAGUUAACCUGGCUGCUGCUUGAAAUUUCAAAGAGCACCCCCUCCUUACCUGCCUUUAUUUUUUCUCAGGAAUUAAGUGUUUAUGGUAGAUGCACAAACAAUGCAGCCAUGCCGUAUGUGGCUUUGUGUUUCUUUAUUGGGGGAAAUAACAAAAGCUGUCAGAAAUGUGAUUUAAUUUCAAAUGCUGGAGGGGUGGUGGAAAUUACUUGAUAACAUGCGGAAGUGUUAAUAUUAAUUACAAGCUCCUUGGGCAGGAGUUGGUUUCAUAGUUGUUGUGUGUGUUUUUUUGCAAAGAGGAGGUUUGGAGGUAAAAGUGCAGGAAUGGAAAGAGCAGGGAAACAGCAACAAAAACUGCUGAUCCGGAUUAAUUUUGGGAAAGGAGAAGGGACAAAAGAGCCAAAGUCCUCUCCCCUAACCUUAACUUGUGGAAAUCAGAACCACAAAAGAUGUAUCUGUAUGUCCUUAAGCAGUAUUGACAGCCCUUUUAUUAACUACUCAUCAGCAUAGAUCCAAAUGGAGCAAACCACACCUCUUGCCUUUUUGUGAACUAAAACUUUUUAACGUGUUUUCUGAAAGGAUUGUUUCAUAUUCUGUUUUUUUGGAUAGAUAUAAAAUCCCCUAAAUAUAAAACCAACUCAUGUUUGUGUAAUGAAAGCUAUUACCAUCUGAGGGACCACAAAGUCUUCUGUGAAAUGGGUUAGCGGUCUCAGGCUGAAAGUAGCCAUUACAGUAGACAUGUGUUUGAAACUGAAAACAGCCAGGUCAGAUCUCUUGCCCCUUUCUCCUGCCUCUGUAACCCCUAGCAGUACAAACCGUGAUCAUGUUUUGGGUUUCCCUUCUCCACCAGUGCUCCUUGCAGGGAAGUAUGACGGACGUUCACAUUGUAUGCUUCGUAUGUCUUGACAUUACUAGUGGAGAGGAGAGGCAGAUAAGGUCUUGGGCUGCUGUUUUCAGUGGCAGCCUUGUAACAUCUGGUUCCGAACCCCAUUCACAUUCUAGGUUGAGGACAUGCUCACAGUGUGGAAAGGCAGAUCACAUGGCCUUAUGAGAAGGGUGGUCUUAUCCACCCAUAUAUUAACUUUUGUAUGUGGAGGGGGGAAGCAGUGUUUGCAAAUACUAAACCAGGUCACUAGCUGAUUACCAUAUUUUCAAUAGCAGUCAUUUAUACCACACAAAGUCAUAGAGCAUCUCACCCAGGAUAGUCAGCAGAUCUUGACUUAUUCCAGAUGUUUGUUGGACUCCAGUUCUCAUAAUCCCUGACAAAUAGUCAGGAGUUCAAAUCCAACCAUUUCCACAGGGCAGCAUUUUGGCUACACCUUAACUAACCAGACCUAUCUAUCUAUAUCUGCAUACAUACAGAAAGUGCCGUUGAGCUCCAUUUCCACGUUCACAUAGCAAUAGGUCAAGAGAAAGACUGAAUCCAGGUUUAACAUUGGGAGCCAAUUUAAGUUUUUAAAAAGUCCUAUAUUUUGGGUGCAAGUGUGUGAGUCCUGCAGUUACAUUCCUGAGUGUAUAUCAGGAUUGUGACCAUUCCGGUAUCAUGUUCUGUCUGCAUUUUAAUACAUACAUAUAUGUAUAUAUGAAAAUGUAGAAGAAUAUCAACGUGAGAAUUCUACACCACGAGUUGACUGCAAAGGAAUUGCUUUACAGUGGGUCAAAAAGAGGAAUCCAUUUUCAGGAACUAUUAAUUGUUUAUUAAACUGAAUCGUGACCCAAAAGGCUUAAAAUUAGAGGCCUGAGGGUAAUUGGUAUGACAUUAACACAUGCAAAAAAAAAAGUUUUUUGGGGAACUUGAACCCAUUUUCCCAAAACAACCGCGAGCUGUACAGAUUUACAUUUGACUGGCUGUUUUGAAUCGUAAGUACAUGUUUUGACCAUGGCAGUGGAGUUCAAAGCAGGGGUGUUUGAAAUCACCUUGUGUCACAUUCAGUCUGGUUGGAUAUCUCUUCUUGUCUACAUCAAGGACUUUUUAACCCUGCCUCAAACAAUAAAAUGCACUUGCAAACUGA